AUGCCUUCGGAGCAUGAUAUCACGUUCCGCAUCCUGAGAUGUCAACCGGUCCCCCCUGCCCGUGGCCCCCGACAUCCUCGCGGCGCGCGAGGCCCUGCGGCCGCCAGCGCCGCCGAUGAAAAAGUCCUCCUCGGUCUCUACUCCUCCUCCUCCUUCCUGGCCUCCACCGCCGCCAUCACCACCGCCGCGCCGGUCCCAACUCAGCGACAUCUUCUUGCGCGAUAUCUCCAGCGAGGGCCGCCGCGGCAGCAGCGCGUCGGCGGGCACCGCCACGACCGAGACCCGUCACGCGGUCUGCAUCUCCUUGGUCUCGGCCGCGCCCGCCGGGCCGACAACCGCCGCCCGAGCGCUACCACCCCCGCCCCUGCGCCAGCCGCCGCCGUUCUUGUUGAAGAAGCACUCCCUGGCCACGAGGAAGGCGGUCGCGGUCCAGAGCACCCACUCGAAGGAGGCGAAGGCGACGGCCCCGCGGGCGGCGCCGCACACGCUGCCACGGCAGUACUCGAGGCCGCCCAGGAAGGCCGCCAGGGCGACGAAGCUGACGAAGUUGAGGAGCAGGUUGGACGUGUCGACGGCCAGCCGGAUUCACGGGCCCCGAGAGGUUGCGUGGACUUACACAUGGGGAUGUACGCGUUGGCGACCAUGAUCCAGACGAAGGAGAAGAUGGACCAGCACGGGACAAAGAUCAUGAGGUUGAUCUCUCCCGGCGCGCUCAUCGACCUUGUUUCCAUAUUAUACCAGUUCGCCACUGCUCCCAAGUUAACUUUUCUGUCUAUUCCGUCGGGGCGUUGCGGUUUCACAAAGGGGGGCCGGCGUACCAUAAAUGGCGAGGAUGAGAAUGAGAACAGCGAUGGACAGCUGCACCCAGCGGAGGAUGAGGAUCGGUCCCCGGGCCUUCAUCGCGCGGACCUUGGCAAGAACAGACAUGGCCAUUUUAUGCCGCCUGCAGCCAAGGGUGUUCGAGAAUGGCGAUCUCGAGGACUUGGUGGUGCAGCAUCGUGGAUAUCGCAGUCUGAAGCCCACAUGAAACGCCGUGAUCAAUGGGAAUUCAUGCUUCCGCUCAGGGCACAAAGCGCAAAGCCCACCACGAACCGCCCCCCGACCAAUCCCCCGCAACGUCAACGAGCAGGGUCCACGGAUGAGGAUGCCGUUCCAAUCACUGCACGUACUCCGUAA